GAAAAGUAUGGCAGUUCACUCCUCAAACAACCUAUAAAAUACAGACUCAAAACCAGCCUUCUUACUCCACAAGACCUGCAUAACUUUCACCACAGAAACCGAUUUCAAAUCAUUCUCUAGGAUUCCUCACUCAAGCUUAAAAUCAAACAUGGGUAUUCGUUUACCAUCCAUGAUUAGCAGUGUCAAACAUGUAAUCAAAGGGAAGUCUCUUCAUGGUAGAAAUCAGCCUGAUGUACCCAAAGGACAUGUAGCUGUAUAUGUUGGAGAAAUGCAAAAGAGGAGGUUUGUGGUGCCAAUAUCAUACUUGAGCCAUCCUUUAUUUCAAGAUUUGCUUAACCUAGCUGAGGAAGAGUUUGGCUUCAAUCCUCCAAUGGGAGGUCUUACGAUUCCAUGCAGAGAAGAUGCCUUCAUCAAGCUUGCCUCUAGAUUGCAAGCCUCAUCAUGAAUUCAAAAGGAAGAAGAGAGCAAUCUUUUCCAAUUUUAUCUUUGUUGAUGUAUUUAUUUUUCUAGUAGAAUAGUUGUAUUGAUCUGUGUAUAGAAGUAUUUAAGGGAUGUCUUCGUGAUUGAUCAUCAAUGAAAAUCAAGAUCC